GAAGUCUGAGACCGCGGCCACAGUAAUAGCAGUUAUCCUUAUCCUACCAACAUUUCCUGCAAGGACUAACGAGUGGGGUCCCUGAGUAACAGGACUGCAUAUCAUGUGACACGGAAAUACAGUUUUGGACCAGUGACCAGUCAGCCCAUUCCUGAUGAUUUAUUUGGAUGAUAAUUAAUAAUGUUUGCCUCUAAGGUUGUCUCUCGUCUCCGAUUAUUACGUAAAGCAACUUGUGCACUUCAAGCCCAUGGAGAAAUUCUGAAUGCAUGUCUCCAACCACUUCCUGCUUUCUCUUCUUCACUACAACCAAAACUGAGAAACUACUCAACAGCGGCAGACAACACAUCUCCUCCACGAUGGAUCCAACUUGAGCCGGAACUGGACGAAGCUCUUGUGCCACGUAAACUGUCAGUAAGUCCCCUGGAGAGCUGGCUCUCCCUGCGCUACUCCCUUCCUCCCCUGUUGGAGUCUCCUCAGCCACAGGAGGACGUUGAGCUGCUGGAGGAGAAGGUGCUGCCACCCAUUACCGUCCCAGUUUUGGAGGACGAGAACAGUUCAGCAACACCCCUUAGUUGUAAGAAUGUUCUAGAGAUCCGGCGGCGGAAGAUGAAUCGGCAUAAAUACAGGAAGCUGCAAAAACGGACUAAAUUCUUGAAGAGGAGAGUGUUGGAAGGCAGGGGAAAGAAGAAGCAGAGACGAUUUGAGCAAGAUCUGAAAAAGAUUUGGAGGCGAGCUGGACUUAAGGCGGCCCCUGAGGGAUGGACUGCACCGAAAAUCUUCAUAAAACAGCACGGAAGAAAAAGGAACUGAGAAAUACUGACAGCUAUUCAGGUUUCUGUCACAUACUUCACACUGGAUGGCUCUGCACACCACACUUCAGACCAGUGCUGUAACAACCAGUCUAGUUUCUCUGCUUUUCAUCUUAACAAAAACAAUGAUGAGGCCAUAUUCCCAAUGUGUGCAGUAAUUCUUAGUGUGUACAUAAUCUAAUAAAGAUCUCUUUUCCAAGCCCAAGA